AUGGCCACCGCCGCUUCCCGCAUCGGUGACACAAAAGUACCCAUGUCCCUCCUCGAAAAGGGCGCAUACAUCAACUACCAACGUAUCGAGGACAACCUCGCCGUCGUCCGCCAGAGGCUCAACCGCCCUCUGACGCUCUCGGAGAAGAUCCUCUACGGCCAUCUUGACGACCCCCAUAACCAGGACAUCACCCGUGGUACCUCCUACCUCAAGCUUCGCCCGGACCGCGUCGCUUGCCAGGAUGCUACCGCUCAGAUGGCCCUUCUCCAAUUCAUGUCUUCCGGCAUGGACACCGCCGCCGUCCCCACCACCGUCCACUGUGACCACUUGAUUGAGGCCCAGGUUGGUGGUGUCAAGGAUUUGGCCCGCGCCAUCGACAUCAACAAGGAAGUCUAUGAUUUCUUGGCUACCGCCACCGCCAAGUACGGCCUCGGCUUCUGGAAGCCUGGCUCUGGUAUCAUCCACCAGAUCAUCCUCGAGAACUACGCCUUCCCUGGUGGUCUCAUGAUCGGUACCGACUCACACACCCCUAACGCUGGUGGUCUCGGUAUGGUCGCGUGCGGUGUUGGUGGUGCCGACGCCGUCGACGUCAUGGCUAACAUCCCUUGGGAGCUCAAGUGCCCCAAGGUCAUCGGUGUCAACCUGACCGGCAAGAUUAGUGGCUGGACUACUCCCAAGGAUGUUAUCCUUAAGGUGGCUGGUAUCCUCACCGUCAAGGGUGGUACUGGUGCCAUCGUCGAGUACACCGGCGCCGGUGUCGAGUCGCUUUCUUGCACCGGUAUGGCCACCAUCUGUAACAUGGGUGCUGAGAUUGGUGCCACCACCUCCCUCUUCCCCUUCAACAACCGCAUGGUCGACUACCUCAACGCCACCAAGCGUGACGAGAUCGCCAAGUACGCUCAGCGCUUCUCUCACAACCUCCAGGCAGACAAGAACGCCGAGUACGACCAGGUUAUCGACAUCAACCUGUCUGAGCUCGAGCCCCACAUCAACGGUCCCUUCACACCCGAUCUGGCUACUCCCAUCUCCAAGUUCGCUGAUGAGGUCAAGAAGAACAACUGGCCCCAGGAUCUCAAGGUCGCUCUCAUCGGUUCUUGCACUAACUCCUCGUAUGAGGACAUGUCCCGGUCUGCCUCUAUCGCCAAGGAAGCUGCUGCCCACGGUCUCGACGUCAGGUCCAAGUUUACUAUCACCCCCGGUUCCGAGCAGGUCCGUGCCACCAUCGAGCGUGACGGCCAGAUCGAGGCUUUCGAAACUGUCGGCGGUCUCGUCCUUGCCAACGCUUGUGGCCCGUGUAUUGGUCAGUGGGAUCGUCAGGAUGUCAAGAAGGGCGAGGUCAACUCGAUCAUCACGUCGUACAACCGCAACUUCACCGGCCGCAAUGACGCUAACCCCGCCACGCACGCUUUCGUCGCUUCUCCGGACAUCGUCACCGCCAUGGCCUUCGCUGGCGACCUGACCUUCAACCCCGUUACCGACACCCUGACUGGUUCUGAUGGCAAGCCGUUCAAGUUCACCGACCCCUCCGGCAACGAGCUCCCCCCUCGUGGCUACGACCCCGGCGAAAAUACCUUCCAGGCUCCCCCCUCUGACCGCGCAUCCGUCUCUGUUGCCGUUGACCCCAAGUCCGACCGUCUCCAGCUCCUCAAGCCCUUCCCUCCCUGGGAUGGCAAGACCCCAGAGGACCUCCCCAUUCUGAUCAAGGCUAAGGGCAAGUGCACUACGGACCACAUCUCGGCUGGCGGCCCUUGGCUCAAGUACCGUGGACACCUCCAGAACAUCUCGCAGAACUGCCUUAUUGGUGCCAUCAACGCUGAGAACGGCGAGGCGAACAAAGUCAAGAACCAGCUCACGGGCGAGUACGACGGUGUCCCCCAGACCGCUGCCGCCUACCGCGACAAGGGCAUCAAGUGGGUUGUCAUCGGUGACUCGAACUACGGUGAAGGUUCCUCGCGUGAACACGCCGCUCUCGAGCCGCGCUACCUCGGCGGUCUCGCCGUAAUCACCCGGUCGUUUGCGCGUAUCCACGAGACGAACUUGAAGAAGCAGGGCAUGCUCGCGCUGACGUUUGUGAAUCCUGCCGACUACGACAAGGUGCAGCCUUCGGAUAAGAUCACGAUUGAGGGUCUCGAGAGCUUCGCGCCCGGCAAGAACCUGACGAUGAUCGCCAAGCACGAGGACGGGUCGAAGGAUGUGAUUGAGCUUGCGCAUUCGUUCAACGAGGGCCAGAUUGAGUGGUUCAAGGCUGGGUCUGCGCUCAACCUGGUACGUCGCUCUUGA